AGCGCUUCCCAGCGGCAUCCGCCGCCCUUCAAGUACCAUGCACGCACACCUGCCUUCGUCGCCUAACUCUGAGGGUGUCGCGGUCGAAUGGCUACCACGAGCUCGCACGCCUCUAGUUUGGUUUCUUUCUCGCCGGUUAUUCGUUGGGUUUCUUGAUAUGUACACUUAUAGGGGGAGAGAGAGAGAGAGAGAGAGAGUUCUACACUUCUCCUCCCCUCUCUUGUUUCGCUUCAACUGAGCACUUGAUUAAAGAUUCAUAUAUAUAGAGAGAAUCGACGCCUUUUUCUUGAUUGAAGAUUCAUCCAGUGCUCAAUCACUACGAUGUCCUGGUUUCACUUCCCCUUUCUUGUUUCACUUUCGAUAUAUUUAGAUUUUUCGGUUCUCUGGAUUUCUCAAGACUCUCCUGAUGCAUGUCUUUCUUGAUUAGAGAUUCGUUCAGUUCUCUUUCUUAGUUAGAAUUAGAACCUUCCUUUGGUGGAUUACGCCCUGCGUUUCGCUCUACGGUAAAUUCCCUUUUCUCGCUCUUACGGUAAAUUCUGUAAGAGCUGGGUGGAAGUGUUCUGCCUAAUCGUUCAACUCAAUGAAAGAAAAAGAGUUCUUGUAACAUUUAUUAGUAUAUGAAGGUUCAUUAACCAUGGUAAUUCUAUAAGGAUAAUAUGUACAAAAAUUAUGUCAGGUUUAUCUUGGCAGAAUGCUCUUCUCUUUAUAACUCCAUAUUUACCUGCUAGUGCUGUUCAUUCUCGCCACAUUUACCUUGCUACACCACUCACUGGAAAAUAGAAACACACUUUUGAUACAAUGAUGUUCUCUAACUUUUGAUACUUGCUUUUCUUACAUGCAUCCUCAGUUUGGUUGUUCUUAUUUAUCUCUAGAGACACCUUGAUACAUCUUUUUCUUUUUCUUAACAAAUGGACCUUUCGUCAUGUUUCUUUCUCUUCGAUGGGCAUUCUGUUCCAUACAUCAGUUCCAACAGAAGUCAUUCAGGUCAAAUUGUUUACAACUUGAUGCACCUUUAUUGUCUUCAUGGAUUUUUAGUUCUAGUUUUGUUGUAAGAUAUGGCAGUCCAAAUCCAUCUGAUUGCUUUCUGUUCUCCUGUUGCGCUGAUGGUCUCUUGCUGCUAAGAUGUCCAAGAAAUUUGUCGGUAAAGCAGCCUAAAAUUAUAAUGUGAGCAGAAAAGCUUCCUGCCUGCUUGCUCCUUUACGUGGAACGAUGGACACGCUUUAGAGAAGAUGUUCCAAGGCAGCUCUCCCCAAGCAGGACGGACAUCUUUUCCUUGGGGUCUUUGCGUAAGUUCUAAGCAACUCCACUGCAACUCUUCUCUUGCUGAGCUGAAGAAGAAUGCCCCCAAGUCAAAAAGAAGAAGAGCACAGAGGUCGGCAAUGCGCGAAUUCCCACUACCAACAGUGACAAGGGAAGCAUCUUUACACCUUCGUCGAACCGACUAACUUUUCAGAGGAAAGCAAAGCAACGGACCCCAUCGUCCAUCGUCCAUCGUCAAGGUGUGUGUGGUCGUCUCAUGCAUGGAUGGCAAAGCGUGGUGGGUGGACAUGUUUCCGAGAAAGUUCCACUCCACCGACGCUUUCCCCUUCUUCCCUUGAUGUGGCGAUUCUGAUCAAUCGGCCAGCAAGCAAAGCAAGAGCUGAGUUCCAAUUCUUCCCCGUCCACGGAGCGGAGCCAUGGCAGAGGUGGUUGCCAGCAGCAUCGUGAGGUUUGUGUCCGACAAGCUGGGAGCCAAAGUGUUGAACGAGCUGGGGAUGCUGAAGGGUGUGGGCGAGGAACUCAAGCGGCUGGAGAGCACCCUCGCCGCAAUCCAAGACGUGCUCGAAGACGCAGAAGCACGGCAGGUGAAGGAGAAAUCCCUCAGAGUUUGGCUGCGGGAGCUGAAGGAUGUCGCCUACGACUUGGACGAUCUGUUGGAUGAGACCGCAGUCAAGGCCCUGACCAAAGGAAAGGUGCGUGGAUUGCCUCUCACGCCCAAAUCAAUUCGAGUUCGGCAUGAGAUAGCUUGCAAGGUGAAGAAGAUGAGGAAGAGAUUAGACGCCAUCGCGGAGGAGCGAGCCACAUUCCACCUGAGGGAGGGAACCGCCAAAGACAGUGAGCCGGGCAGUGGAGUAAGAGAGCAAACUGGCUCUUCGGUGGAUGAAUCCCAAGUCUACGGUCGACAGCAAGACAAGGAGCAACUCAUCGACUUCCUUCUCGGCGACUCUACUGAAGAACAUAAUAACAAUCUCGGAGUCAUUGCAAUUGUUGGGCUGGGUGGUCUCGGCAAGACCACUCUCGCUCAGCUAGUGUACAAUGAUGAGGGGGUGCGUCAGCACUUCGAGAGGAGGAUGUGGGUCUACGUUUCUGAUAAGUUCGACAGCAAAAGUCUCAUGAGAUCGAUCAUAGAAUCCCUGAGCGCAAAGGAGUUCACCCUCCCGGACAUGGACCCGAUGCAGCGGGAGCUCGUGGAACAGAUCAGAGGUAGGAGGUUUCUGCUGGUGUUGGAUGACGUCUGGAACGAGGACUACGAACUGUGGGAUAGACUGAGGAUUCUGCUGAACAAUGGAGCCAAGGGAAGUAAGGUUGUGGUGACGACACGAAGCCGGCGAGUCGCGUCCGUGAUGAACGCGGACGACGUGCACUUCCUCGCCGGUCUCUCCGACGACGACUGCUGGUUGUUGUUCAAGAGAAGGGCGUUCGAGUCGGGCAGCAGCGCGAGGAACCCCAGCUUGGUGGCCAUCGGCAAGGAGAUCGUGAGGCGAUGUGGAGGCAUGCCGUUGGCAGCCAAGGCUUUGGGGAGCAUGAUGCGGUUCAAGCGAGAGGUGAGCCAGUGGGUGGCGGUCCGGGACAACGAGAUUUGGAGACCCUCCGCCGACGUUGACGACGACCAGAUUCUACCUGCUUUGAUGCUGAGCUACAGUCAUCUUCCACCGCGUCUGAAACAAUGCUUUGCGUACUGCGCGAUUAUCCCAAAAGGCAAAACGAUGCGGAUCGAGACACUGGCUCAGCUGUGGGUUGCAGGAGGCCUGGCGGACCUGGAGGAUGUGGGAUCUCACUACGUGGAUCAGUUGCUGUCCAGAUCCCUUCUCGAGAUCGGUCAAGAGGAAGCGCAUGGUGCUGUGAACCUGGUCAAAAUGCACGACGUCGUCCACGACCUCGCUCGGUUUGUCGCCGGCGACGAAUGCUCGAUCGUGGACGUCUGCGGCAGCACAGCCACCUCCCCAGGUUCGCGCUACGCGUCUCUACUCUUCGAUGGACGGACGCCAUCGGUUGCAGAGACGCUUGGCCAUCUGCGGAAGCUGCGAGCUUUGUAUGUGAUCGUGACCGAAGGCAUUUUUGAGGAGUAUGGUGUGAGGGUGCUCGACGGGAAGAAUGUUUACGGACGAAGUGCAGAGGAGCAAGACGAAGACGAGAGAGUUCUCCUUGCCAUAUUCUCCACCAUGAAACCCCUGCGAGCACUACAUUUGGAUAGCUUUCCCAUGAAAGCACUGCCUGCUGCAGUACAAAAUCUCGAUCAUCUGCGGUACCUCGACCUGUCACGAACCGACCUCCGAACACUUCCUCCGGCCAUCGGGCGUCUCCACAACCUGCAGAUCCUGAAACUGUGGAGUUGUACAGGACUCGAAGCAUUGCCCGAAUCGAUCGGCGAGCUGGUAAAUCUGGUGACCUUGGAUCUCUGUCUCUGCCGACGCCUUUCUUCUUUACCGGAUUGCAUCGGUCGCAUGGGCAACCUGCGGAACUUGGAUGUUUCCACGGCUUGCAUCACCACGCUGCCGGAAUCGUUGAGCUCCCUCUCAAACCUACAGCUGCUGAAACUUAGAGACUGUUACUGGCUGCAUGAGCUUCCGAAGAACGCACAGAGCAUGAGAAGCCUCACACACCUUGACAUACGUGGUUGUUAUGGUCUGACCUGCAUGCCCGCGGGGUUAGGACAGUUGCGUCAGCUGCGGAUGCUGCCGACGUACCUGCUCGGUGAUGGAGAUGGCGAAGGAGGUCUUGAAGAGCUCGGCACCCUAAAUCUCGAAGGUGAAUUGUAUAUCGGGAAUCUUCAGAAUCUAAGGAGUGCUACGGAAGCCGGCGAGGCCAAUCUGAGGGAGAAGCCGGGCCUGCGUUCGCUGAAACUAAAGUGGGAUCUGACCUCUUGGUUCCAACAAGAAGACCGGAAUGAUGUCGCGGCCAUUGGUGAGGAGCACACCGAGCUGGUGGAAGAUGCGCUAGGAAGCCUCCGACCGCAGCCAGACCUGGAGGUCCUGCGGAUCGAGGGUUACGUUGGCAAGGUGCUGCCGGGGUGGAUGAUGGAUUGCUCGAUUCCGAAUCUGGUGGAGCUUUCACUGGACUUGUUUACUCGAUGUGAGAAGUUGCCGGCGUUGGAGAGGCUCUCCUGUCUAAAGGAGCUGAACCUGAGCAGAUUCCCCCGUGUCGAGUGCCUUCCACGGUUAGGGCAGCUACCCUGUCUCAGGGUCCUCUGCCUCGAAGCGCUUCCUGCUGUGAAGCGUUUGGGAUCAGAGUUGUCCGGCGGCGGGUGCGCGUUCCCUGCACUGGAGGAACUGCGACUGGUUUUCAUGUUGGAUUUGGAGGAGUGGUCAGGCACGGAGGGGGAAGAUUUCCUUCCUCGUCUCUCAGAGCUGGUACUGACGGACUGCCCAAAACUAGGAGCACUACCAUCGACGUUUCCAUCUGUGAACCGGCUGACGAUGAACGUGGACGACAAGCUGCUACUCUCUCACCUCGAACGUGGUGCGUUUCCAAACCUAAAGCAUUUGGGUAUCUGUAACUGCGACCCAGAUGAUGAAGCAGGAGGCAUGCCAGAAGUCCUAGUGGAGCGCUUGGAUUCUGUUGAAAGCUCGUCAUGGACAGUAAGUGAACAGGAAAUUGUCCAAGUUGGCAAGAAUUGUUAGAUCCUCCAAAGAAACUUCACUCUCUCUCUGCCUAACUCGUCCUUGCAAGACCUGGAAGUGAGGUUGUAAGACCUGGAAGUGAGGUUGUAAGAACUUGAAGAACACCUGCAUUACCAGUUCAAGAGCUGAAAAAUAUACACCAGAUUUUCUCA